AUGGCUAGCUUAGAAGGGAAGAUACAGGCCUAUGAAGAUCUUCUCAAAAAGCUGAGCAACCGUCUCGGUAUUUCUGGCGAGUAUUUGGAAUGUGCCACUUAUUCGGCCGCACAGUCUGAUGCUAUAUUGGAAGAAGGGAAGUUAUUUGAGCCUUAUCUUUCAGGCACAUCGCCUGGAUCUCAUUUUUCGGACCACACCGAAGAAGACUUUAAUAGGGAUGACUUCUCGCGGGCUACAGGCUUCAUUGGUAAAAGCUCGGAGAUUUCAUGGCUGCAGGUGUUAAAUAAAGAAUUUGACUCCGGGUGCGAGGUAUGUCGUUCAACUUCUGGCAUAUCAUCACCGUCUUUGACGUCCUACUGUGAUGGGCCGAUAGCCUCCUCAAAUUAUCACCUCGACGACUUAGACAUACCUGUUAUUGAGCGACUCGACAUAUCCGAGCUUCCACCUAAGGACACUGCUACAAAGCUCUUCAACGCGUACAUGAGUUCUGUACACCCCUCUUAUCCCAUCAUUGGAAUUUCAACCUUCGCAUCCCAAUUCCAAGCAUUUUUUAACAACCCAUCUUUAAAGCCAGGAAACAAGUGGCUUGCCAUUUUAAACCUUAUUUUCGCUAUUGGUGCAAAACAGGCCCAGUUGACUGAUGCCGAGUGGAAAAGGGACAAGGAUGAUCACUACUUAUACUUCAUAAGAGCAAGAACUCUGAGUCUUGAGGGGCAAGUCCUUCAUCAUUCUGACCUGCAACAGUUACAGGUCGAAGGAUUGGCAUCAUUUUAUAUGUUAUCAUCUGGUCAGAUAAAUCGAUCAUGGAAGCUCUGUGGUAGUGCGGUGCGAAGUGCAUUGAGCCUUGGGUUGCAUCUACGCAACAUAGGGACGGGCACAUCGGAUACUUCUAAGGAAAUAAGAUAUCGUGUUUGGUGGUCUCUAUACACACUCGAGCAUCGUCUUAGUGUGAUGACAGGCCGACCUUCCUGCAUAAUCGAUGACACCUGUACGACACCUCUGCCUGUUCCCUUUGAUGAGAGUGACUUCCGACAUGAGCCGGUGAUGCGCCUAAUAAGCCGCUCCACACCGGAGGGCCUUAGCCAACUCGAAUCGGUCCCAUGCAUGUCACUUUAUUUCCUGCAAUUGAUUAAACUCACCUCGAUUGCGAAAAGGAUGGCGAGCAGACUCUACAAUCUCGAGGGAGUGGAGACGCCUUGGCCGAGAAUGGAAUUUGCAAUACAAAGGUUAAACCUUGACCUUAAUUCCUGGCUUAUAAACCUACCGAAGGCUUACGAUUUCACCUCCACACACACUUCGCAGGGCUUAGCAACCCACAGAAUGAGCCUAGCUCUCAACUUUUAUAGCACAAAGAUUGGUAUCACAAAGCCAUGUCUUCGGCGUCUUGACCCAAGUGCGCAUGGGGAUAAAGCGGUAAACUUUUCCAGAAAGGCAGCCGUCGAAUGCGUUGAAUCAGCUUGUCAUAUGUUGAGACUAUUUCCCGAACCUCUAGAAGCAGCAUUGCUACACAAAAUAUCUCCUUGGUGGUGCAUAUUACAUUUCCUUAUGCAAGCAACUGCCGUAUUGUUGAUUGAGCUCUCUUUCCACGCUCAGCACGUCCCAGAAAAAGCAGCUAUGGUGUUAAAGGCGGCCAGAAAGUCUUAUGAUUGGCUGUUAGUCAUGUCGGAGACUAGUAUGGCCUCAGAGAAAGCUCGGAAGAUGUGUCAUGAGUUUCUUCGUCGGCUUGGCUUCAAUGCUAAUGCUAGAGUCUAUAGCUUUCCUUGUAUAGCAAGUCUCCAUUCACAGGACUCGGUGGAUGACGAAGUCCACAAGCCGCCUAGUUUACGAGAAGGAACUACCACCCCCGGCAGUCUCAUAGGCGAUGUGGGUUUUAUGUCUUUGUCGCCGGUAGACCAUUCUACUGCCCAUUUUGCCCCACAAUCGUCUGUUGGUAUGGAAGUCCCCGGACCACAAGCGUUUGAGCAGGACGAGAAAGCUCUAGAUGCCCACAAUUCUUACGGUGACUAUCUACCUUAUGACCCCGCCACGGGUCAGAUAACCGGUUCUUUCUUCCCUCCCGAAGAUGACAUUAAUAUUGGGCUCGAAUCAUACUGCUGGGAUGAAAGAAUAGAAUGA